ACCAUCGAAAAAUGGCAAAAUCUAUCUAUAACAGAAAGGGGAUCCAAAUUCUCAUAGGGGAACGGCAGAGAAUCAGAAAUGGACUUCUUGGCAAGUUGCUUGCUCUGUCUCAUCUUGAUCUGGGUAUUGGCUCAAGUUUACAGUUCAGUUGUCACUGGAAGAAGUGGAAGUUCUCGCAAACUUCCACCUGGUCCACGGCCGAUUCCGAUUUUAGGAAACCUCUUGGAUGUUGGUAACGAACCCCACAAGUCCCUGACUGAGCUUGCCAAAACCCAUGGCCCCAUAAUGACCCUAAAACUAGGCAAAUUAGUCACAAUUGUUGUUUCCUCACCAGACGUUGCCAGAGAAGUCCUGCAGAAGAAUGACCUUAUCUUCUCCAACCGAACCAAUAAAGAUGCACUCCGAGCGCACCAGCACCUCGAAGUGGGGCUGCCUUUUCUUCCCAUUUCGCCGCUAUGGAGAAACCUUCGCAAAAUAUGCAUUUCACACAUCUUCGCCAUUCAGAAACUCGAUGCCAAUCAGUAUCUCCGGCACAGGAAAAUUGAACACCUCCUCACCAUGGUUCAAGGAAGUUGCCGUCUUGGUGAGGUGGUAGAUAUAGGGCAAGCAGCUUUCGAUACCACCCUCAAUUUGUUAUCAAAUACAAUUUUCUCUGAAGAUCUAGCUGAGAGAAAUUCACAAAGUGCCCUAGACUUAAAGAAAACUGUGUGGGGUGUCAUGGAAGAGGCAGGAAAGCCUAACCUGGCUGACUAUUUUCCUCUUCUCAGAAAGAUUGACCCACAAGGCAUAAGGCGUCGGAUGGCUAUUCACUUCGGGAAGUUCCUCCAGCUUUUCGAUAAAAUGUACGAGGGGCGGAUGCAGUUGCGAAAAGGUCAAGGUGUUGCCACGACUAGUGAUGUCUUGGACACUCUAAUCAACAUCACUGAAGACAAGACAGAGGAGCUUAACAGAAGACAAACACUCCAUUUGUUGAUGAGUUUAUUUGUGGCCGGAACUGAUACAACAUCAGCUACACUGGAGUGGGCAAUGGCGGAAUUACUCCGAAACCCCAAGGUUUUACGGGUAGUUCGGGCAGAGUUAGAGGAAGCUAUAGGCAAAGGAAACAAGGUUGAGGAAUCGGACAUUGCUCGCUUGCCAUACUUGCAAGCUGUCAUCAAAGAAACCUUCAGGAUACACCCACCUGGAUUUUCUCUACUCCCACGCAAAGCGGGAGCUGAUGUAGAAGUCUGUGGCUUUACAGUACCAAAGGACGCGCAACUGCUGAUCAACAUAUGGGCCAUACACAGGGAUCCGAGCACUUGGGAAAUGCCAAACUGUUUUAUACCGGAGAGGUUCCUGGGCUCGGAAAUUGACGUCAAAGGCAGGGACUUUGAGCUCCUUCCGUUCGGUGCAGGGCGCCGAAUAUGUCCGGGAUUGCCUUUGGCACUGAGAAUGUUGCAUAUGAUGUUGGGUUCUCUCAUAAACUGCUUUGAUUGGAAGCUUGAAGAUGGUGUGACGCCUGAGAACAUGAACAUGGACACAAAAUUUGGGAUUACCUUACAGAAAGCCAAGCCCUUGCGGACAAUUCCCUUUCCUGUGUCCUAAUAUUACUUCUCAAAAGAGAAAACUACUUAGUGGUUGGUUGUGUGCUGUACUUUUGUUCUUCGUAUGUCUGUUCUGUAAAAAAUAAAAGAUCGAAACUUUCUUGCCCAGCAGUGAACGAUCUGUUAGAAUUACUAAAGUAAUUUUCUAGAAGGUUCAUUGUUCAUGAAUGGCUCUUCAUCUUUCAGGUAGCUUAUCCACACAUUUUAGUAUGCAUGUCCCUAGAGUCUCUAGUUCAUAUGUUGAUAUGUUGUCAUUACUAUGUACCUAGUUUGGUGUAUUAGGGGGAUGAA